UAAGACUGAGUGGCGUCGUCUGCACCACACAAGAGACCAGCAGGACACAAGCCGAGAUGGGUGCUCCUACGUGGUGCUUGGUCGCGGUGCUCGGCCUUCUUCAGGCAACCGGAUUCGCUAGGGAGAUCUUCAGCGUCGGUGGAUGGCCGGCAUCGGAAACAGCAAUCUCGGCAUCAACAGACCAGUUUGUGGAUGGCUCGCGCGUAGUUGACGUGUGGUCGUUCGCCGGCGACGACCUGGUGCCGGCGGCCUCGGGCCACUCGUCAAAGAAGGGCGGCGGCGGGGAACACCACUCGUCGCACUUCUCGAAGGGUGGCAAGAAGGGCGGCAAGGGCCACAAAUCUGACCACGGGUGGCACAAGGGCGAGAAGGGACACCACGACAAGGAGGGCAAGGAGGGCCACUUCUCCGAGGACGGCGGGCACAAGAAGGGCCACCACGAGGAGGGCGGCCACUACGGUGAGCACCACAAGGGUAGCAAGGGCCACAAAGGGCACAAGUUCGGCGACGAGGAUAGCUACAAGAAGGGACACAGCACGCACGGCUCGCACGACAUCCACAAGCUGGACGAGCACAAGAAGGAAAAGAAGUUCUUCGACGAGCACUACGAUGAGGGACACCACGAGAAGAAGGGCUCGCAUCACGAGCACCACUCUGACAAGAAGGGCGGCCACGAGAAGGGCGGACACCACAAGGGCGGCCACCACGAGGACAAGUACGGCAAGAAGGGCCACUGGGGCAAGGGACACCACGACAGCAGCCACAAGGGCUGGAAGGGCGAACACGGCGACAGCAGCCACCACGACCACGAGGACCACUGGGGCAAGAAGGGCGGCGACGAGGGCCACGAGGAGCACGGCCACGAGUCCAAGAAGGGAGGUGGCGGCGGAGGCGGUGGCGGCCACCACUAAUCCCCCAAACUCUCAACCUCAUCCCACUUGUUGCGAUUAUCAAACCACACGCCUGUUACCAUUGUUGAUGUUUUCUGUUGUUUUGCUGUAUGAAUGUAGUGCGAGUAAAUUAUUUAGACAAUAA